CAAGAGAAAAAAGUCGUAUUUUAAUGAGAAAAAAGUGGUAAUUUUGCGAGAAUAAAGUCAAAAUAUUAAGAGAAAAAAUAAUAGUAAUAUAGUGCCGAAAUAUUUAAAGAAAAAUUGUAUUUUUUAAAAGUUGCAAUAUUGUGAGAAACCAAAAAAUACGUUGUAAUUUUGGAAAAUUUGUUGGGGGAAAAAGUUCUAAUCUUAUGGGAAUAAAGUCUAAAUAUUAUCGGGAAUAAAUCAUCAUAAUACUCUGAAAAGAAAGUUUACAAAGAUUACUUAAGAGGAAAGUCAAAAUAUUUUCAAAAUUUAAAAAGAAACAGCAAAAAUCAAGUAAAAAGAGCAAUUGGCAGCCAUGUUUCCAUCAGACUACCCCAGGGCAGCUGUGGCUACAGAUGUAGAAUACCACCACCAUGAAUAAAGGGUUCACUUUGUUGUGAAGUGACUUGGGUGCCUUGAAAAGCACUUUAAAUUCGAAUCCAUUAUUAUUAUUAUGAAGUUCAUACUGAUAAUACGCUUUUUCACUUAGAUCAUAAAGCUGAGAUGCAGUUUUUUUCUAUAAAUAUACACAGUAUAACCUCUCCGAUAUCCUCAGGUAGAAAAAUGCUGACAGCAAACGAGUUGAGUCUUCGUAGUAUAACUUCGUUGCAGUGGCUUAAGGUGUGGCGAGUGACGCUGAGCCUAGCGGCUAGCCAGAUAAGUAUAGAUUUUCGUGUUAGCUGCUACCAUAACAAUAUCGCUGUAGCUUGGUUAAUAUACGGGUCAGUGGCGUAAAUGGAGCGCUGUUGGCGUUGUUUUGGAGGGUUUUUUGUUAGGGCGUUAGCGUAUCAUAGGUACUGUACCUCCCGUGACGUGCAUUGUUAGCUAGCUCAUCCUACUUACUAUAUUUAAGGCCUAAGCUACCAGCACUUAUUAGUUUGCUGACGAAGCUCUUCGGAUGAGGAGCGAAACGUCCGACACCUUCUACACAGAAGUACAGAUGACGUCUCAAGAAGCCUUUUCCUCGAUGGACAACUCCUCGAGAUGAAGCAGGAGCUGGCGGAGGAAGGCAGCAGAUGCUCCAUCCUCUCCAAGCAGCACCGAUUCAACGAGCACUGCUGCAUCCGCUGCUGCGCGCCCUUCACCUUCCUGCUCAACCCCAAGCGCCAGUGCCUGGACUGCCAGUACAACGUGUGCAAGACCUGCUGCACCUACAACAAGAAGGACAAAGCGUGGCUGUGCUCCGCGUGCCAGAAGGGCAGGAUUUUAAGGACCCAGUCCCUGGAAUGGUAUUACAACAAUGUGAAGAGGCGCUUCAAGAGGUUCGGCAGCGCCAAGGUUUUGAAGACUCUGUAUAGGAAGCACAUUAUCGAGAGAGGAGCGCUAUCUGAUCUCCCAGAAAGCAGCGUUCACGAGGGAAGUUUCUGCAACGACAACGAUGGCAGCGUCUGCGGCAGCGACUCCGUCUUCUACAAACAGAGUGAAGGACACAGCAUGGCUGAGACGCUCACAGUCGCUUUGCGUGUUGCUGAGGAGGCCAUAGAGGAAGCCAUCGCCAAGGCGGAGGAGUUCAGCGACAGUUUGGAGAAGCAGAAUGAGGCUCGGUAUCUGCGGGACCACAAAGAAGAGCUCAUAGAGGAACUCGCCACAACUAUUGUACAAAAGAUCAUCCAAAGGAGGAAGCGCUCAGAGAUGCAGACAGAGUAUGACUUUGUCUGGCCUCAGCCUCAGUCCUUGAUUCAGCCCAGCGAUCAGGCCUCAGCUUCACAACCUCAGACGUCUUCACAAGGACCCCGAGAGCCCCUCAAGACUUCCGCCGCCCUCUCGCGCUCACGCUCAGCCUUCUCCCUCACCAGUGACGACUCUCCCGAGAAGGCUCCUCAGGACGAGGCGGUCGGCACGGGCGGCAGCUUGCAGGAGUACUCGUCUCUGAAGAGGGAGGCCAAGACCACGUCCCUCCCCACUUGGAAGAGUGUCGACCGUCUGGACAAUUCCAGCGCGUCCUCAGUCCUCCAGAGUCCAGACGGCAACUGGAUCGCUCUCCACAGCUCGCAGCUGUCCCGUCCGAGCCUGCUCACCAAGAGGAAGAGCCUGGUCUUCAGCGUCUUGGAAAAAGAGUCCGGCGUGGUCUCGGCCUACGACGAGAUGGGAUCCGACUCCGAGGAGGACGACGGAAGGGGCUGGGGCGCGGCCCUGCAACAGUUCCGCCGCAAGCUGUCCGACGAGACAUACUACACGGACUCGCAGCACGACCCCGAGUGGACGUACACGCAGCACCUGCCCGUGACCUCGCCGUCUUCGGGCCAGUACACCAACACGGAGACGCUCAAUUCCGACUCUGAGGCGUCGUCGGCGCUGUCAGCGUGUCCCCGGAAGCCGCCUCAGAACCUGCUGAGGAAGAAAGGCCCUUUGGACACCUACUUGCACCCCUACCAUCAACCGCUCUACCACCAACACCUUCACCACAACCUCUCUCCCUACCCGCUCCUCUCAGGGGUGCUGGACGUGAACUUUAACCCCAAGGUGAUGGGGGACAGCAGCGAGGCGGAGGAAAAACAGAACGACCCGGUCCGAAGGUCACGGCGGCGCCGGAAAAGCAAGAGGGAGUCAUCAAACGAGAGCAGGUCCGGUUGCCAGAACUACUCGCGCUCCAUUCAGGAGAGCAGUGGCUUUCUUCUCAAUGACCUCCUGAAGAGGGGCUUAAGUGAGGACCAGCCAGGACCAGACGCGCUGCCAGUGAGCGCUGCGGCACCGGACAACAUCGCACCCGAGCCCCAAGAUUUGGACAAAGUUGCCCCGAAUUCAGCGGACCCAAGUAGCCCUCUUUUAGUCACUCCCGGGCCCCAGCACACCAGCUCUGGCCCCACGUCUGGCCCCGCCGACUCCCUGGGAGAAGAGCUGCGGUCCAGAAUCAGCAAGCUGGUCAGGAGCCGCACCAACAGCAGAGAGAGCAGCUCGUCCGACGAGGAGAAGUGGCCGAAAAAGCCCAAAGACACGGAAAGAGACAAGUCGAAGUCUGGCGUCAGAUUAAGAGCGAGCGAAGCGGCCUUGCAAGUCAACGGACAAGACAUGACCAGGCUGGCGAUAAAGAGUCCGCCUCUGAAGGAGAGGAGGUCGGAGAAGAGCGUGGAGGAGGUGGCCGACGAGCGGGAGCAGAAGAGAGGAGAGAGGAGAAAUAGACCCAACAAGAGGCAGCACAGGCGGGACGUGGACAAGGAGGUGACAGAAUGGAGGAGCGGCUCCAGUGCGGCCAGCUCGCCUGCCGUUACGCCAUCUUCCCAGGACGGGGUGCUGUCUGACAACCAGGAGCAACACAAUGACACGGAGCAACAGCAGAGGCUUCAGUUGCUCUCCUCUCUCUUACAGCAGAAGUACUCGGCGGCCUCUCUGUGCAGCAUCACCACGGAGGUGUUGAAGGUUCUCAACGCCACCGAGGAGCUGAUCGGCGAGGCGGGAGGGGAAGGCCGCACGCCCUGUGAGUCUCAGAGCGCCACCUGCAGCUCUGAGAGCAGAAGACUGGACCAGAGGCUCACCAGGAUGGAGGAGAAUGUUUACCUGGCUGCCGGUGCUGUGUAUGGCCUAGAGGGGGCGCUGGGGGACUUGGAGCAGUGUGCACGCAGUAUUAGCAGUGGGACUUCAGACACGGAGCUGGCGUUCCUGGAGGACCAGGUGGCCACUGCUGCAGCUCAGGUCCAGCAGUCUGAACUGCAGAUAUCCAACAUCGAGGCCAGGAUAUCGGCUCUUAAAACCGCCGGGUUGAAUGUGACCGUCUGCAAUCACUUCUCCAAGUUGAAGCCAAAAACGAAGCCUCAAACUCUGGACUCGUCACGCCAUCAGAGGAGGAAGCUGCCGGCCCCUCCGCUGAAAGAUAAGAUGGAGCCAGAGCAGCCGGUGGAAGUCUUUCGGCCAUAAAGACGACCAGGAGCAGCAGCACAAAGUCCCUCAGGGCCACCACACCACCAGAGCCCCACAGACGGCUCUCUCAUCCAGUGCCUUGACCCAGAGUCCGCCUCCAACUCCACACCAAGCAGGAGCCUCCACCCGCCCUGUUGCGGCCCCGCAAAGCACUCCGCCCUUCCACGCCGAGCAUCCGCCCGCCCGCCGCCUCAUCCGCUGACAUCACACGUGCAGCAAAGAUGAGUGGACGGUCUGCCUUAAAACCUCUCAACAAGAAUCAGUGUACAGCUUUACAUUUCUACUGUGAUUGGCGAAGGCGUCCACGCCGUGUGACCUCGCCAUCGAUGAUUGUCCGUUUGCACAGGCGCACCUGCUUCUGUUCCCGUUCCUUUUAUUCCUUAAGCCUGGAAGACCCUUUCCGACACUGAGAGAAACAAAAUAUCCCAAUGGUAAGUCACACUUGGGAGGUAAAAAGUCCAGAUGAUGACAUAAAAAGUCAUAAUUAUGACAUAAGAAAGUCAAAAUUAUGAUAUAGAAGUCCAAUUAGGAGAUAAACAGUCAGAAUUGUGAGACAGGAAAGUCAUAAUUAUCUGAGAAAAAGUCAGAAUUAUGAGAAAAAAUGUUAUAAUUAUGAUAUAAAAGUCCAAUUGUGCAAAAUUAUUUAAGUCAUGAGAUAACAAGUCAUAAUUAUGAGAUAAAAGGCACAAUUAUUAGAAAAUAAGUCGAAAUUAUGACACAAAAAGUCAACAUUAUUUGAUAAAGUCAUCAUUAUGAGACAAAAAGUCAAAAUUCUGAGAUGAAAAAUCAAAAAUCUGAGAUAAAUUGAAUUUAUGACAUUAAAAAAUCCAAAUUAUGUGAUAAAAAUCUAAAUUAUAUAAUAAAAAGUAAUGUGAUAAAGUCAUAAGUAUGAGAUAAGUCAAAAUUAUGAGAUAAACGGUCAUAAUUGUGAGAUAGGAAAGUCAGAAUUAUGAGAGAAAAUGUUAUACUUAUGAUAUAAAAGUUCAAUUAUGAGAUAAAACAUAAUUGUGGGAUAGGAAAGUCAUAAUUAUCAGACAAAAAGUCAAUUUUAAUAUGAAAGUGGAAUUAUGAGAUAAAACAGCAAAAUUAUUUAGGCCAUUAUGAGAUAAAAUGUCAUGAUUAUGAGGUAAAAAGGCACAAUUAUUAGAAAAAACUCUAAAUGAUGACAUAAAAAGUCAACAUUAUUAGAUCAAGUCAUUAUUAUGAGACAAAAAGUCCAAAUUCUGACAUGAAAAAUAUAAAUUAUGAGAUAAAAAGUUGAAAUUAUGAGAUAAAAAUCCAAAUUAUGAGAUAAUUAGUCAUAAUUAUGUGAUGAAAUCAUAAUUACGAGAUAAGUCUAAAGUAUGAGAUUGGAAAGUCAUAAGUAUGACAUAAAAUGUUAUAAUUAUGACAUAAGAGUGGAAUUAUGAGAUAAAAAGUAAUAAUUAUGAAAUAGGAAAGUUAAUUCUGAUAUAAAAGUGGAAUUAUGAGAUAAAAAGUCCUAAUUAUGAGAUAAAAAGUUGAAAUGAUGAGAUAAAAUGUCAAAAUGUCUGAUAUAAAAGUGAAAUUAUGAGAUAAAAAGUCAUAAUUCUGAGAUAAAGUCAUAAUUAUGAGAUAAAAUGUCAUAAUGUCUGAUAUAAAAGUGAAAUUAUGAGAUAAAAAGUCAUAAUUAUGAGAUAAAGUCAUAAUUAUGAGAUAAAAUGACAAUGUCUGAUAUAAAAGUGAAAUUCUGAGAUAAAAAGUCAUUAUGAGACAGGAAAGUCAUUAUUAUGAGCUAAAAAGUCCUAAUUAUAAGAAAAGGUCAACAUGACGAGAUCCAAACUGCGCAUGUGCCACCUUCUUUGACACGUGGCACUCGGCAAAUGCCGAGUUGGUGUCUCGUCAUUUCAACUUCUCAUCUCAUCGUUAGAACUUUUUAUCUCCUUAUUGUGACUUUUUGUGUCAUUAUUUCAAUUUUUUAUCUCAUUGUUAGGAUUUACCAUUGGAAUUAUUUUUUUUCUUUCAGUGGCGGAAACGGGCUUAGACGCCGUUAGAGUCGGAAAUGCAACAUCUGCGCACCGGUUUGCAUGCGCAAAGCUGUUGCUAUACAGGCAGGUAUGACUUGUGUCAUCUUUGGUGGCGUUCCAAUGCACUUUUCCUCACCAGAGGUCGCAAAUGCCCAACUUCCCAGUGACCAGAAACGGGAGUGCGGCACAAGAAAACUAAUCACUAGUAGUAGAAAAAAACCUUGCCGUUCUGUGGGACUUAUUUGCACUCCUGUUGAACUUCAGAUGAGUCAGCAGCUGGUUAGCUUCGCAUUAAGCAAGCAAAAUUGGUUCUAAUAGCCAAUGAUAGAUGAGUUAAUAAUAGUGGUUUUUGUGCUAAGCUAAGCUAACCAACUGCAGCCUGCAAGUGUAUUAGAGAUCUCAUAUUCUGGUAAUAGAUAACGUGAAAGAGAAAGUAGACAACACAAACGUUAGCAAGACUAGCAUGAGCUACAGUGCCAACACUACGCUCACAGUUUAGCAGCGAGGUCACGCUAGUUCAGCGUGUUGGGAAAACAAAAUGCUAAAACGCCCAUACGUGUAGCUGACGGAUGGAUAGACAGCUCCUGUCUACAGUGUAGGAUGUGUAGCGAAGCCUGUCGUGGGGCCAUGCACAGGGUGGUUGCACCUAGCUAGGGGUGGGUCAGAGGAAGGAUGUUUUUCACUAAUGUCAUGAAAAACCAGAGGAGCGACCAUUUUACCACCUCUUCUCUUCAAAGUAAAGUCAACAAAUGAGAGAGGUGACCGAAGUUUCACCCCGAAAAAGGACCUUUCAUGUAGUAAAAUGGGGGGGGGGGUUCUCAUCUAACGUUCUUCUAGAAUGCCAAUAAAUGGCUCAAAAGAAAAGAAAGUAAACUAAACGUGGAACCAGUGUUCUCUUCUUUGUGGCCUUUUAUUUAAACAAAGGAUCUUCCCCCCCUCCCCCGCCAUCCUGUCCUGCAGCAACUAACUCAGCGUCAUGUUUUCAAAGGAAAUUUGCCUGAUUUUAACCGUUUUUUGUUUUGUUUUUUUGUUACAAGCGAUUUAUUUUUCUACUUCCAGAGCAUUUUUUUAAUGCAAAUCCAGAGGCUUUAUUUUCUCCUCGUGAUGAUCCUGGAAUUUCCCACGCAUUUUCCUCCCUUUCCCAUAAAGAAAUAACAUCCGCAAGCGCAGGGUUGAUUUCCUGACUGGGCGGCGCAGGCGAUGAGCCUCUGUGCGCUUGCUCAAACCCCCCCCCCAUUAGCGAUGCUUCCAUUCCACAUGUUUUUUGCGCAUUUGUCAAUCUCGGGCAGUGUUGAUGUAUUUAAAGAAAUAAUAAAAUAAAAGCAUGAAUCGGAAUGAUGUACAGACGCCAAGCACAGCCACAAGGGGCCAAGCCUGUCAUCCGUGUCCUGUAUUUUGUAUGUGAGACUAUGUUAAUAUCAUGUAUGUAUAUGUAUGGAAAAGAUGGAUGUGAUAUACAAUAACGUGUAUUGCCCAAUCGUAGUCGGCCGGUCUGUCAAUGUAGUAACAGCCGAUUCGCACGGGAGUCCAGUUUCAAAGUGCCACAUUCACUUUAUGUGCUGUUUGUUGCAGUCCAUACCACAUGUUGGGGAAAUAUUAACACGCAAAAAAAAUAUAUAUAUACAUGUUCUCUGUGCCCUCGGAGAAAGAUGUAUGAUGAAGGAAAUAAAAUGUGCAACUUAAAACGA